AUGUUGAACCUGGCCGAUCGUCUGGAGGGGCCCUUUAACUUCGAGUCGGUCAUGGAUCCCAUCGACGUGAAGAUCUCUGAGGCCAUCAUGAACAUGCAGGAGAACAGCAUGCAAGUCUCCCAGAAGGUGUUCCAGGGUUGUGGGCAGCCCAAACCCAGCAUGGCCUUCAGAACCAAGCGAUCCAUCAAAGAGACGGCGUUUACAGGACGCUUCAGACCCUACAGUCCUGACGCCAGACCCACCACCGCCGCAGGCACCAGCUUAGACCGACUGACGGGGGAUGUGAAGAAGAGGCUGAAACAUGCUAAAAAGUUCUGGUCCACGCUGCCAGAGACGGUGUGUGCGGGAGAGAGGAUCGCCCCCGGCGAUCCUCUAUAUGCAAUGAGCAAUGUUUCUAUAUUUAUAAUGUACGAAGAGGCCAGCAGCGGGGACGAGGAGGGGGAGAGCGGCAGCGGCUGUGACCCUCCCUCAUGCACUACGGACCAGGACAUCUACUUCAGCACCCCCCAGGUCCCGCGCCUCGUCCCAGUGGCAAAGGGACCGUCCGACGCCGCGGCCUCCAGGCGGGGCAGUCUGCUUUUGGCGCUCUCCGCUCUACUCCUGGCUCUGCUCGUCCCUCAUUGGAGAUAA